UAAAAUUAAAUUUUUUUUUGCACUGAGUACUUGCAUAUCGUUCAUGACACUGCAAUAUGUCAUAUACCACAACAGUACAAGUUUACAACAGAAACAUUUUGGAACUAGCCCAGCAGAACACUGGGGUUACAACAUUUUGUUUUUCAUCAAAAUAUAACAGCAAACAUUUUUUGAGGGAUAUGACAUUUUUGUGGAAGGUGUAGAUGUAAACAACGAGUCUGACAAUGUCUCAAAGUCAGUUUGGUUGGAAUUGAGGGUUACGACAUAUUGCAGUGUCAUGAACGAUAUGUCAUUUUGAUGGUUGUCAAAACUUCGACGGGUUGAUUUUUUUUGUGAACUGUUCUACAUCAGAAGCAAAUGAACAGAAAGUUAUUAUUGCAUCUAAUCAAAGCAACACAGGGCCCCGGCAUAGUUUAAGACGGGCCCGGCGCCCCCCUCCCCCAUCAAAAUGGCCGCCGGCAGGAGCAAGAGGGGCAGCGGAGUGGCUGACACGCUGUCGGGGCUGACCAGGGAGGACGUGAGGCUCGUUCAAGGUCACUGGCGGGCCAUCGAGCAGAACCUGGCUGCCGUAGGCGUCGACGUCUUCGUCACGAUGUUCACCAAACACCCGGAGUACCAGAAGCUGUUCCGCAGCCUCGCGCACCUGCCGCUGGAGGCGCUGCGGCGGCACAAGGCGCUCGAGUCGCACGGCGCCACGGUGAUGCAGGCGCUGACCCGCGUGGUGGACGGACUUUCGCGGCCCGACGCCGACCUGCGGGUCAUGCGCGACCAGGGCCGCCUCCACGCCAAGUGGCACGUCAAGGAGUUCCACUUCCUGGAUCUGAGGAGGGAGAUACUGGAAGUGCUGACGCGGCACCUGGAGGACGAAAUGGACGACAGGGCGCAGGAUGCGUGGUGCAGGACACUGGACUUCAUGUUCUCCGGUCUCCUAGCGGGGCUCGAGGAAGGGAUGAGACAGUCGAAGAAGUGAAAUUCACCGCCAUCAGGAGGAACGAGAAAAAGAAAAAGAAAAGAAGAAAAAUUUGUAUUUCCAUCUCUGACCGGAUAACAGACACCAAAAAUAUCCGGACCGACAGACAACCUCUCAAGUCCAGACAUGGACUGCACCUGAAUUUCAUUACUCUUAUAACGUGCACUUUUGAAGAACGAUACUUUUGUUGUAGCUUAAGUCGAUCUUGAUCUAAAUAAAAAAAACAGCGGGAGUCAAUCAA